AUGAGACCUUUGCUCAAUGUCAAUCAAUUAAAUGUAUGUAAUAUUAUUUUUGCUGCAUUGAAUGAACAACCAAGUGUAGAAAAUCAGCAUUCUCGAUUAUUUUUCAUGGAUGGUCCGGCUGGUAGUGGAAAAACGUUUACAUAUAAUUAUUUGAUUGCUGACCCCAGCAGUAGAGGUAUUAAAUCUGCUACAGCUGCGUGGACUGGCAUAGCAGCAACUCUUCCUACAAAUGGAUCUACAUUGCAUGGUUUAUUUAAACUUCCUGCUCCAAUAUUAGAUAACAGCACAUGUAAUGUAACUCCAAACUCUUUAUAUGAACACUAUUUAAGUCAGGUUAGUUUGUUUUUGCUUGAUGAAACAUCCAUGAUACCCAAACAUGCAUUGAACGCAAUUGAUAGGUUAUUAAAAGAUGUUUGCAACAACAACUUUCCAUUUGGAGGAAAAGUUCUUUUUGGAGGCGAUUUUAGACAAACUCUGCCUGUUGUGAAAAGAGGACAACCAGCUGAAGUUGUAGAAGCAUGUAUAAAAUGUUCUUUACAUUGCCAAUGGGUGCAGAAGUUUAAGUUAACUGAAAAUAUGAGAGUACAUGAUGGGGAAAAAGAAUUUUCAAGUUGGCUAUUAAGACUUGGUAGUGGAACAGUAUUUGUCAAAGAGGAAGAUCCUUUAAAAGGAUGCAUUGAAAUACCGCAUCAAUGCCUUACUAGGGAAAAUGACUCCAUUGUUGAAUAG